UAAAAGCAAAGAUUUAUUUUUAAUUAAAAAAACAAUUUUUCCAAAUGGAAUCAAGCUGCUGAAAGUUUUUUUUUUUUUUUUUUUUUUUUUUUUUUUUUGAGACGGAGUUUCGCUCUUGUUGCCCAGGCUGGGGUGCAAUGGCACGAUCUCCGUUCAUCGCAACCUCCGCCUCCCGGGUUCAAGCGAUUCUCCUGCCUCAGCCUCCUGAGUAGCUGAGAUUACAGGCAUGUGCCACGACGCCCAGCUAAUUUUGUAUUUUUAGUACAGACGGGGUUUCUCCAUGUUGGUCAGGCUGGUCUUGAACUCCCCCCGACCUCAGGUGAUCCACCCGCCUCGGCCUCCCAAAGUGCUGGGAUUACAGGCGUGAGCCACCGUGCCCGGCCUGAAAGAUUUUUUUAAAACUACAUGUUGAAGUCUGUACAAAUGGCCAGUUACCCACAUUUGCCUAUUACCUACACAUCUCAGUAUUAUACUGUCAUUGGCACAGACGAUGUCAUAGAACACCACAACAGGAUCAUGCAAUAACCUCAGGCAACAAAAAUAAAUUACAUUCAUUACACUACUCUUGCCAAUCAGGAAAGAUUAUUGGUUCGCAUUAGGAAAAAGAUUUUAAAGGACGUUUUAAACAAUAAGCCUUUCCGCUUAGGCCUUCGUUAAUAGCACAACUGAAUUAGAACAGUCCAUUGCCCAAAGACUGCACUUAAUCAUGUCGGUUUUCUGCAUCAUUUUAAUUGCUGUUGACUUUUCAUUGACAUUUAGCAUAGAUUUUUGCUCAUUUUUGUUUUUUAAAGAACGAUACUGAAAGACAAGAAAAAUGCUAUCAGAGGACUACAAACCUACAGGAGUUGAGUUUCAGUCGUGAAACAUUAUAAUCAUUUUCUGUGCUUUCCAUAUUUCCUUGAAUGAGAAUGUAUUACUUUUAUAAUAAGAAAAAAAUUUUAAAGGAAAAGAAGUUAAAAAAAAAAAGGCCUCACUUGUAAGGUAGGGUAUGGUUUUUUCAAGUCUCAGGCACGUAAAUGACAAGGGACUUUUAAAAAAACAAAAAAACACUGCCAUUUAAAGCUGACUGGUAGGAUCUUCCCUGCUGAAUUAUUUUGGAAACUUCUUUAAAAAUAAAUGUAGACCACGAAUCAUUUACUAAACAUAUGAUUCCAGUACCUCACUACCUUUUCUCUUCGGUUGGCUGUAGUUUAAAUUCUAAGGUCUCCUCAAGAAAUGACAUUUUCACAUUUCUUAGGCAUCUGUGGUGCCAGAGGAGCAAACCCAUCGCACACGCCAGGUCUGCCAUGGGGCCCUGGGCGGUGGGGAUUUUGGAUGUAACGUGUCUAGGCCGAGCCCGCGCCGUGAAAGGCCGACCCUGCCGAAAGCCCGGGCGGCGGGCGCCCACAAGUCAGGGCUCGGUGCGGCGCCGCAGCCAGCUCUGCCCGCGAGCCGAGUCCGGGCUGCUGAGGGGGAGCCGCGCUGGGGGCGGCGGCGUCGGGGCGGGGGCGGGAGCCGGGCGGCAGCUCCAGCGCCCGUGGGGGAGGAGCGGCAGCGGCAGCGGCUGGAGCUGCUGUGGCGACCGACGCGAGGCGGUGGCAGAGACCCACCCCUGUCCACAUGGACAGUCGCAAAGGCCUCCGCUGAUGCAUUCACGCCUGGGCGGGGUGGGCGGACGGCCGUAGCGGCGGCGGCUGCAGAACGAGCUAGGGGCCUGGAGGCGCCUGACGGUCGCAGAGACCUCGCCGCUCCGGCGCGGCGGGUGCGGCCAUUUUACGGCCUGGGACGAAGGGAGGCGUGUUUGUGUGCUCGCUUUCAUUCUCCUUUCUUGGGAACCCACGGCUGGGGGAAGUUUCUCAGGCAGCCUGGGUGGGCGGUGGAUGGGGAGUCGUGGGCCGAGAGGAACCGGGCCCGGGAAGCGCCGUCGUCGUCGUCGCCGCUCGCGUUCCCCCGGAGAGGCCUGAGAAGCUCGGGCCGCGGGCCUCGCUGCCCGCCAGCCCGCGGACAGGCCCGGGCGCGCCUGGCCUGCUUUUGUAUAGGCCCGUCUGAACGUGGGAGCGCAGCCCGCCUGACGGCUGAGCCCGAGGCCCGCAACCCUGCGGCGUCUACCCUCCUCCGGCGCGGCCCCUCAUCCCGGCGAGCACGGCGGCGGUGUGGGCCAUGGAUUAAGAAGGAGGCGGCGUGGGAGGAGGAAGAUGGCGGCCGGCAAGAGCGGCGGCAGCGCAGGGGAGAUUACCUUUCUGGAAGCUUUGGCUAGAUCAGAGUCUAAGAGAGAUGGAGGUUUUAAAAAUAAUUGGAGCUUUGAUCAUGAAGAAGAAAGUGAAGGAGAUACAGAUAAAGAUGGGACAAAUCUGCUCAGUGUGGAUGAAGAUGAGGAUUCUGAAACCUCAAAAGGAAAAAAGUUAAAUCGUCGAUCUGAAAUUGUUGCUAAUAGCUCUGGUGAAUUCAUCUUGAAGACAUAUGUAAGACGAAACAAGUCUGAAAGUUUUAAAACUUUGAAAGGCAACCCAAUUGGACUUAACAUGUUGAGCAACAAUAAGAAAUUGAGUGAAAAUACGCAAAAUACGUCAUUAUGUUCUGGAACUGUAGUUCAUGGUAGACGUUUUCAUCAUGCUCAUGCACAGAUACCAGUAGUAAAAACAGCAGCCCAAAGCAGUCUGGACCGAAAAGAAAGGAAAGAAUACCCACCUCAUGUCCAGAAAGUUGAAAUUAAUCCUGUAAGGUUAAGUCGGCUCCAAGGUGUUGAACGUAUAAUGAAGAAAACAGAAGAGUCCGAAUCACAAGUGGAGCCUGAAAUUAAGAGGAAGGUACAACAGAAACGGCACUGUAGUACCUAUCAGCCUACUCCUCCUCUAUCUCCUGCUUCAAAAAAAUGUUUAACCCAUUUAGAGGAUUUGCAAAGAAAUUGCAGACAAGCUAUUACUUUGAAUGAGUCUACUGGACCAUUAUUAAGAACGUCAAUUCAUCAGAAUUCUGGAGGACAGAAGUCACAAAACACAGGAUUAACAACCAAGAAGUUUUAUGGCAACAAUGUGGAAAAGGUUCCAAUUGAUAUUAUUGUGAAUUGUGAUGACAGUAAACACACUUAUUUACAGACUAAUGGAAAAGUCAUUUUACCUGGGGCGAAAAUACCCAAAAUCACAAACUUGAAAGAAAGGAAAACAAGUUUGUCAGACCUAAAUGAUCCAAUCAUUUUGUCCAGUGAUGAUGAUGAUGACAACGACAGAACUAACAGAAGAGAAAGCGUAUCUCCGCAGCCUGCUGAUUCAGCAUGUUCUUCCCCUGCACCAUCCACUGGAAAAGUAGAAGCAGCGCUAAAUGAAAAUACUUGCAGAGUAGAGCGUGAACUACGAAGCAUUCCAGAAGACUCUGAGUUAAAUACAGUUACAUUGCCAAGAAAAGCAAGAAUGAAAGACCAGUUUGGCAAUUCUAUUAUCAACACACCUCUGAAACGUCGUAAAGUGUUUUCUCAAGAACCUCCAGAUGCUUUAGCUUUAAGCUGCCAAAGUUCCUUUGACAGUGUCAUUUUAAACUGUCGAAGUAUACGAGUAGGAACACUCUUCCGGCUGUUAAUAGAGCCUGUAAUUUUUUGUUUAGAUUUUAUCAAGAUACAGCUAGACGAACCAGACCAUGAUCCUGUAGAGAUUAUUUUAAAUACCUCUGAUCUAACUAAAUGUGAAUGGUGUAAUGUCCGAAAAUUACCUGUAGUGUUUCUUCAAGCAAUUCCAGCAGUUUAUCAAAAGCUGAGCAUCCAACUGCAAAUGAAUAAGGAGGAUAAAGUUUGGAAUGAUUGUAAAGGAGUAAAUAAAUUAACAAAUUUAGAAGAACAAUAUAUAAUUUUAAUUUUUCAAAAUGGCCUUGAUCCUCAGGCAAAUAUGGUAUUUGAAAGUAUCAUUAAUGAAAUUGGUAUAAAGAAUAACAUCUCCAAUUUUUUUGCGAAAAUUCCCUUUGAAGAAGCUAAUGGCAGACUUGUUGCCUGUACAAGAACCUAUGAAGAGAGCAUCAAAGGAAGUUGUGGGCAAAAGGAAAACAAAAUUAAAACUGUAUCAUUUGAAUCUAAAAUACAACUUAGAAGCAAACAAGAAUUUCAGUUUUUUGAUGAAGAAGAAGAAACUGGAGAAAACCACACCAUCUUCAUUGGCCCAGUAGAAAAGUUGAUAGUAUAUCCACCACCUCCAGCUAAGGGAGGCAUCUCUGUUACCAAUGAGGACCUGCACUGUCUAAAUGAAGGAGAAUUUUUAAAUGAUGUUAUUAUAGACUUUUAUUUGAAAUACUUGGUGCUUGAAAAACUGAAGAAGGAAGACGCUGACCGAAUUCAUAUAUUCAGUUCUUUUUUCUAUAAACGCCUUAAUCAGAGAGAGAGGAGAAAUCAUGAAACAACUAAUCUGUCAAUACAGCAAAAACGGCAUGGGAGAGUAAAAACAUGGACCCGGCACGUAGAUAUUUUUGAGAAGGAUUUUAUUUUUGUACCCCUUAAUGAAGCUGCACACUGGUUUUUGGCUGUUGUUUGUUUCCCCGGUUUGGAAAAACCAAAGUAUGAACCUAAUCCUCAUUACCAUGAAAAUGCUGUCAUACAGAAAUGUUCAACUGUAGAGGACAGUUGUAUUUCUUCUUCAGCCAGUGAAAUGGAGAGUUGUUCACAAAACUCUUCUGCCAAGCCUGUAAUUAAGAAGAUGCUAAACAAAAAACAUUGCAUAGCUGUAAUUGAUUCCAAUCCUGGGCAGGAAGAAAGUGACCCUCGUUAUAAGAGAAACAUAUGCAGUGUAAAAUACAGUGUGAAAAAAAUAAAUCAUACUGCGAGUGAAAAUGAAGAAUUCAAUAAAGGAGAAUCUACAUCCCAGAAAGUUGCUGAUAGGACUAAAAGUGAGAAUGGCCUACAGAAUGAAAGUUUAAGUUCCACACAUCAUACAGAUGGCUUAAGCAAAAUCAGACUAAACUAUAGCGAUGAAUCACCUGAAACUGGUAAAAUGCUUGAAGAUGAACUCGUCGACUUCUCAGAAGAUCAGGAUAACCAGGAUGAUAGCAGUGAUGAUGGAUUCCUCGCUGAUGACAACUGCAAUUCAGAAAUAGGACAGUGGCAUUUAAAGCCUACUAUCUGUAAACAACCUUGUAUCCUACUUAUGGACUCACUCCGAGGCCCUUCUCGGUCAAAUGUUGUCAAAAUUUUAAGAGAGUAUUUAGAAGUGGAAUGGGAAGUUAAAAAAGGAAGCAAAAGAAGUUUUUCCAAAGAUGUUAUGAAGGGCUCUAAUCCAAAAGUACCACAGCAAAACAACUUCAGUGACUGUGGUGUAUAUGUAUUGCAGUAUGUAGAGAGCUUUUUUGAGAAUCCAAUUCUCAGUUUUGAACUACCUAUGAAUUUGGCAAACUGGUUUCCUCCACCAAGAAUGAGAACAAAAAGAGAAGAAAUCCGAAACAUAAUUCUGAAGCUACAGGAAGAUCAGAGCAAAGAGAAAAGAAAGCAUAAGGACACUUACUCAACAGAAGCACCUUUAGGCGAAGGAACAGAACAAUAUGUCAAUAGUAUCUCAGAUUGACCAUUUCUAUUACUUGUCAUUUCUACUUUCAGAAACUAAAUGACUUUCAAAUUUGGGUAUAGACAAUAAAGAACUGAAGUGCUCACUACUCAGUGAUUUGGAAAUUUUGAUGCUUGUAUAAAUGUCAGAUAAUUAAUUUCCAAAGGCGUAUGUAUUAAGUAAAAGUCUGUAAAUAUGUUAAUGAGGCCAAUUUUUCCAGCAUUUAUAAUUAUUUUUUUCACUUGUUAGGAAGCUUUUGUUAUGUAUUUUCUGUUAAUAGUACCUAAAAUUGCAACUUCUAAACACAAAUAAAAAGAAAAUAUUUAUAGGAGGAAA